UUAUGAAUCCUAAUUGAACCUCUUUAAAUAAUUAAAAGAUUUUAAAUAAUUUUUACUUCGCCUUGAACCUGCUAUACUGUCGCCCAUACCUAGGUGGUCCGUAGUCUGGCCACCACCUGUUGCGUGUCUGACGGAAGCCUUGGGACCUGGAAAAGACGCACGGGCCACCCUAAGCUGUCGUCAAGCUGGCUAUCACUGAGCAUUGCUGGAUUCCACCCACUUCUCUCCUCUCUACUUACAACAUCGCCGUCAGCGCCUCCAAUUCAACUCAUUUCUCCCACAGCGACCGGAUUGCAACGCGCCAAAGCCAUGGGUUCCGAUCCUCAAUAUGCCAAGUGGCCGCUGCUGCCCCUCUCGCAGCACGUCUUCACCCUCACAAACGCAUAUGCCACGAGACAGAGUCAGCAGGCCGCCGUCAAGGCCCUCCACGAUGCCAUCACCGGCGACAAGAUGGCGCCCUUUUACAGAUACCUCGCGCACCCUACAGAGGGUCUUCUCAACACCGUCAGUGAUACCGGCUCAGCAGGCGGCCCGGGCAAGCCCCUGAGCAGAAAGUCCAGCUUGGCCGGCAUCGUUGCCACCAAAGGCCCCGCUACCGGCGUCAGCUUGCCAUGGGAUGAGGCUCUCUACAACAGCCUCAAGGCCGAGAACGAUAAGGAGCUUGCCGAAUUCCAAAAGGAGGAGGAUGAGGCCGUCGAGCAGGCCGGAGACACAGAGGUUAUGGCUGCCAAGGGCAAGCGCGCCGAGUUCUGGGCUCGCGUGGGCGACAAGGACAAAGCGCUCACCGCCUACGAAGACGUUUUCGAGAAGACGGGCAUUCUCGGUACCAAGAUCGAUCUCGUGCUCGCAAUAAUCCGCACCGGCUUGUUCUUCGGCGACAAGCUCCUCGUCAAGAAGCAUAUCGAACGCGCCAAGACCCUCGUCGAAACCGGCGGCGAUUGGGACAGACGUAACCGCCUCAAGGCUUACGAAGGCCUACACCUCCUCACCCUGCGAUCUUAUAACGUUGCCGCCCCGCUCCUGCUCGACUCUCUCUCCACCUUCACCAGCUAUGAACUGUGCACAUACUCAAAUCUCGUUGUGUACUCUGUGCUAGCAGGAUCUGUCUCAUUGAAGCGUGUAGACUUCAAGUCAAAGGUUGUCGAUGCACCUGAAAUCAAGGCCAUUUUGGGUGAUGGUGAGGACAAGUUCCUUGCUCUCAGUGGCGCAUUGAGCGCUGGACCUGGCGCAGAGGACCCCGCGGCCGAUAAGAACACCGAGGGCUCGGCCAAGACCGCCGUCAACUUGACAACACUAGGUUCCACCACUGAGCAGUCUGACUCCGAGCUCGCCAUUGAUUUCAGCCCUCUUGCGCGCCUUGUCAGCAGUCUCUACAACGGAAAUUACAAGACCUUCUUCCAGUCCUUGGCUGCCGUUGAAGAGCAAUUCCUCAACCAGGACCGCUACCUGCAUGAGCACAAGUCGUGGUUCAUCCGCGAAAUGCGCCUACGCGCAUACCAGCAACUCCUUCAAAGCUACCGUGUUGUCGGCUUAGACAGCAUGGCCAACGACUUUGGAGUCACAGUAGACUUUCUCGAUCGUGACCUCGCUCGCUUCAUUGCUGCCGGCCGUAUCCCAUGCACAAUUGACCGUGUCAGCGGCAAGGGCGUAAUUGAGACCAACCGCCCCGACGAUAAGAACAAGCAAUACCAGGACGUAGUCCGCCAGGGUGACCAGCUGAUUACCAAGCUUCAAAAGUACGGACAGGCUGUGAGACUAAGAGGAAGUGAGCGUGCAUAAGCAGCAAAUACUGGUUAGCAAAAUAAAUAGACGUCUAAAUGAUGGAGGGCGGUGCAACGUAUAUCAUGUUUUACGGUAUGGCGUUUGUAUGAUAUCAAAGCUCUUAGAUAAUGAGAAAUUAUCAUUCUAAUGUCAACUAGUGUGCAAAGUCCCAUAAGUGUCUAUGAUUUUAUAUUUAUAGAAUUAGGAGCGACUAGAAGAACUACAACCCCCAGAUAUCCCAACAUAAAAUCAAAGUAGCCGAUAGCCAAGAAAAUGAGUCUUUUGAGCUAACUAGAAAAAAAAAGAAAUGGUGAUAAUAGUAACAAUUGAAAGAUAUGUACGGGUUUUCUAUUGUUUUGCCCUGUGCAAGGCUGGAAAGGAAAGAUUUGUUUACUUGUACUUGUUGAUGAAGUCGUUGUGGAACUUGACAAUGCUGUCAACCCACUCGGUACCGGGUGCCAAGAAGGUAGUACGGAAGUGCAGUGUGCCUUCAGCCUGGCCGAAACCGCUGCCAGCAACUGUGCAGACACCGGUAGCCUUGAGCAGCUCCAUGCAGUAGAACUCAUCGGCCUUGCGGUUCUCGGCGGCAGCAGCCUCGUGAGCCUUCUGGGGCAGCGUGAUGGUAGGGAAGAGGUACAUGGAACCCUGAGGGGCACCGCACUCGACACCCUCCAUCUGCUCAAAGGCCUUGUGGAGGGCGUUGGCGCGCUCCCGGAGACCGUUGAAGAUGAAGUUGUACUCCUUGUCGUAGAGCUCAUAUGAGGGCUCUCCGGGCUUGGGAGGGUUGACCAUGACUUCGACAAGGCACUGGCCGAUGACGGGGGCGCAGAGCAUGAUGGAGACAAACUUGUAAAUGUUGGCCUCGACCUCGGGAUCGAAGCCUACAAGCUCAAAGUAGCCACCACGGUGACCGCACUCGCCAACCAUGCCCUUGGAAAUGCUGUGGAGAGAAGCAAGCUCAACACCGUCGUACUUGCCGGCGUUCUCCUGCUGCAUCUUGCGCAGGACACCCUUGAAGCUGUGGAAUUGGCCAAUGAAGACGUUGGUCUGGUAGACCUCGUCAGCCAUGAGAACAAUGUUCUUCUGGCUGGCAAAGUCGAUGACAGCACGGAUGUCUUCUUCGGUGAGCGAGGCACCGGUAGGGUUACCAGGGUUGAUGACAACCAUGCAGCGAACAUCGACACCCUCGGCAACGGCCUUGUCGUAGGAGGCCUGGAUGGUCUCGAGGGCGGUACCCCAGUUCUUGGACUCGUCGAGGUUAUACGGAACGGGUGUGGCGUCGAGAACAGCGAGGGUCGCAGAGUAGAGAGGGUAUUGGGGGAUCGGGAUCAUGACACCGCUCUUCUUUUCAGCGCAGAUGACGUUGAGCAGGGUGUUAACGCCGGACGAGGCACCGGCGGAGAGGAAGACGUGGUUGGGGUCGGCGGGGAAUCCGUCACGCU